ACCUGAUAUGAGGAGGCCAAGCGCUGAGUGGAGACGCGGUCUUUACGCACAGACUCCUCCCACGCGUGCCUGGAAGAAAACCUCCUGUACAGUGGGACCUGGCCACUGGAAGAGGAUCCAUCCACGCUGACUGAUGCUCACCAGCCUCUGACUGAGGGUUUUUUUUAUUAUUAUUAUUUUACGCGUUUAGAAUUUGCAGCUUUUACGCGCGCACACAAGAUGAGAGCCCUCAUUCCUACAGUGACGGUGCUGUGGCUGAUGACAUUACCCUGCACGGAAGCUAUCCACGGAUUGUACAACUUUGGCCAGCACGAGUUAUACUACAAGAAGAACAACUGCAAGCCGAUCCCUCCAAACCUGCUGCUGUGCCACGACAUCGAGUACACGGAGAUGCGCCUCCCGAACCUGCUCGGGCACGAAACCAUGAACGAGGUUCUGCAGCAGGCGUCGUCUUGGAUCCCGCUGGUGCAGAAGCAGUGUCACCCCGACACGAGAAAGUUCCUCUGCUCCCUCUUCGCCCCCGUGUGCCUGGACGACCUGGACGAGCCCAUACAGCCGUGCAGGUCUCUGUGCGAGAGCGUCAAGAACGGCUGCGCGCCCGUGAUGUCCGCGUUCGGCUUCCCCUGGCCGAAGAUGUUGGACUGCGAGCGCUUCCCACUCGACAAUGACCUGUGCAUCCCACCUGCAGGCAUCGAGAGCCUCGCGCCAGUCACCAAAGAGGUGCCCAGAGUGUGCGAUGCUUGCAAGGAAACAGAUGAAAACGACAACGAAAUUGUAGACAACCUGUGCAAGAAUGACUUCGCCCUGAAGAUCAAAGUCAAGGAGAUCUCCUACAUCAACGGCGACACCAAGAUAGUGCCGGAGACCAAGAGCAAGACCAUCUACAAGCUGAACGGUGUGACGGAGCGCGACCUGAGGAAGACGGUGCUGUGGCUGAAGGACGGCCUGCAGUGCAUCUGCGAGGAGAUGAACGACAUCAACGCUGCCUACCUGGUCAUGGGCCAGAAGAUGGACGGCAACCUGGUCAUCACCUCGCUGAAGCGCUGGCAGAAGGGACAGCGAGAGUUCAAGAGGAUUUCCCGCAGCAUCCGCAAGCUGCAGUGCUAGGAAGGAAAAAAGAGAGGGAUAAAAAAAAGCACUGCAUGUGUCGCUGUCGGAGGAAAAGUUUAGUUCAGCUCGUUCCAAUUAUCCCGUUCAAGUUGUCACACAAGUUGCAGUUAUGAUUCAUAGAUUGUUUUCAGCAAAGAUGUGUCUUUGGCCUUAGAAACUAACAAAUUCCUCUGUUUUUCGAAUGGGUUGUAGUCAGAAAUGUGCAUUAUCUUUAAAAAUAGGAAAUAUGUAACACAUCUUGAGCUGGCUAAAGCAUUUGUUUGACUCUACAAUUAUUAUUUUCCUGGAUUUUCACCUUCUGAGAGGUGUUAUGCUCCAAUACACUCAAGCUACGUUCAUCAAGGGCCGCCACAUUUUUAAAACCACUUUUUUAAGUUGCUUAACAACACAGAUCGUCCAUUUCCUCUGAGCAAGGCACACAUUUCUGUCAGGCAGACACAAAAAUGACUCAAAGGGUAACUCCUGUUUUGACUCCAGAGGAAGCUGCAUGUAAUCUGAUACAUUGCCUCCAGUGGUGUCACUCCGUGGCUAAAUUGCAUUGUGGGUAACGUAGGCGCCAGGUCUUGUAAAGCAGUCCACUGGCCUCGUAUUGCACUACUAUUUGGAUUCGGAUUGAAAACAAAUCAAAAUCAAUGCAGUAGAACCGGAGAUACUGUCUUUUAUUCCACGCUUUCCUGUUCCUUUUUGAAAACAACCUGGUGUCUACAUUACCCACAAUGCAACUUGGCCAUCACUUGAGGCACUUCCUUAGAUUAUGUGCAGCGUCCUCUGAAACCGCAAAAUACUUUAACCUACUUUUUUUCCAUAUAUGAAAUACUACUCCUCAAGAGAACAACACACUUUGAUGUGUCAAAUUUACAGAGUUUAACUUUAAAUCGUAGCAAUGUGAGAUUUUAUGAAUUUCAUCCAUUGACUCCCUUUCAUUUGGCGCUUGAGCUGUGGGCGCCCCCUAGAGGUCAGUUUAGUGGUGCGUCAUCGCUGUCAUCUCACCCAGUACAGUUGAUUUCACUCAGAUGUUGUUCAAUGUGUGAAGAAAUCAGUAAUUACAUGGGUAGAGUGAAAACUAGCAGGGAUUUAAAUCCAGGAUUUUUAAAAAAAAUAGUUGAUUCUUAAAAAUCAUUGACAGAUGUUGCCAGCUGUUUAAUACAACGACUGGGACAUGUUUCUUCUCUCAUCUGGUGUUCUCCAGGAUUUGUUUCUGCAGUGAUCGGCUUCAAAAUAUACCGAAUUAAACUGUUUUUUUUCACGGGCAUUGCUCAGACAAGGCUGACUCAUCUACAGGCGUUUGUUUGAGACAUCUCAAAACUCCUACAAGGAACAAAAUACAGACAGAGUUAAAGGCUUUGACUUGCUCCAGGUAGGACUUCAGGAUUCAAGUCCUCCAAUUAAAUAAAUUAUUUGCAUUUUUAAAACCUCGUUUCCAGAGACACAAAAACCUAAAUCAUACUGUGUGGUGCAUUUUGAGUGAGGUUGUGAUCCCCGCGUGCGUAGUUGUGAAGUUCAACGACAAAAUAGUGUUCUUGUUUUGUUUUUUUGUUGUUUUUUUUAAAUUCAUACCGUUUUCUCAAGCAAAACUGAGAGAUAGCUGGCUAUAUUCUCUUCCUUUUCCACAUUUUAAUAUUCUUCUUUUUGUACUUGAGCCACUGCAUCCUUUUCUAUUACAGUAUGAUUUAACAAACAAAUAUUUUUCUACUCCAGUCUUUUCAUACUUCAAUUUAAACUUCUUAUGUUCCAUCUCCACCCUGUUGUUUUUAUUGAGUAACACAAGUUGUUUUUUUAUUAUUAUUAUUUAGGUAUUAAAAUGAUGAAUAUCUUGAGUUUUGGUUGGUAACGUUGAUUUGAUGAGCAGUAACUUGUUAAGCGCAAAAUAAUCAUGUGUUGUAUGUGUGCAAUGUAAAGUAUUACUGUGUAAAUAUCAAAUACUGUCUUUUAUUCUUGUAUAAAGUUUUCAGCGAUUAAAAGCUGCC